GAAGCGUUCGCGCGAGGCGACACGGAUGAACUUGGCGCACGUAGGUAAAUUUACACGGUUUUACGCGCCUGCUUCGAGUUAAUAAAUAAAGGCACCGACGCGCGCAAACUCUCGGAAAUGCACGCUGGAUGCGUCUCCUGCAUCCCCAUUCCGUCUUCUCCUUCCUCAUGCGCCGAGCCUGCCACAAAUGCAGUUUCGAAAUGCCGCGGAAAUUGUGCGCGAUUCUCGAUAUUUUGCACAAUAUCUCGGUACACAGAGAAAAUUUCUCCUAGAAUUUACCUUUAAAAUUAUGGUAAUCGUAGGGCAAACCGGACAGCAAAAUUUUACUAAAUUUUAACAAAUUUUACUAAAUAGAAUUAUAAUUCUAUGAUUAUAAUUUUAUGUUUUAAGAGACAAUCCUCUUUGUACAGAAUUGCGAUACGGAAUACGAUCGGUUUGAUAGCACGGCGGUUCAUCGAUCGAAGUUCCAUCUUCCCGAAGCGUUUAAGGAUCGCGACAUUUCACGGAUCACCGAUCGUCCGGCAAUAAAACAUACGGGUGACAGGGCUGGGAGACCCGUUUGACAGUUUUCCACGACGCGAAAGAAAUUCAUAUUCAUUUUGGGCGUGGACAUGGAUACACGCGUCCGCAGCGUCGUCCACGCCGAACAUGCUAUAAACGCAUCGCGUUGCACCUGUGUGCGUGGUGACGCGGAGAGAUAGAAGCGGUACAUAGGCGGGGUAGGAUAGCCGUCGGUGAUAAAAGCCGCCGGUCUAUUCGGGGAUGAUUUACGGCUCGGGCCGCGGCGCGGUGAAAAUACAAACAGGUGCUUCUCGAACUUCCUCGAAAACUCAUAUUUAUCCGAAUGAAAGAGGAGAGUCCAUUUCUUAUUCUCGAUACGUGAUUAACAUAAAAUUAUAUUAAACGUUUCUCCAUUCUGUCACGCUCGCCUAGAAGGGAUGAAAGAUUGAUAGAAAAACAUAAUUUGAUAAAAAAAAACAAGAUGAAUGACGAUACCGAAGAUUUUAGACCAUAGCGCAAAAAAGUAUCUGAAAACUUUAAUUAGAUACAGAUCUGAAAAUAAUUUUGUUUUUACUAAUGUAAGUUAAACUAAUUUUAAAACUAUCUUUUCUUAGUUCAAAGAGAAUUAGACUAUUAAAAUAAUUAUGCACAAUGUUCAAACUGAUUGUGCUAGAAUGCAAAAAUUGUUUGCAGCAUAUUGUUUAUCAUACUUGAACGUUCUACAUAUUAAUCUUUAUCUAAAAAAAAUUUUAUUUUUGUAUAUAACUAAAUUUUCUAGUACUUUAGCAAAAAUAUUCUUUUUGUGCAUCUUUACAAUCUUUCCUUGUUAAUUUACGCAACACAAUCUAUACUUGUUUUUAUUUUAACUUUAAACUUGGUUUACUUUAAUUUCUUUCUUUAAUUUUAAAAAAUUUAAAGCACAUUGGUGCAAAUAAGUCUUAGACUAUUAAAAUACUUAUAUAGGAUACUUAAACUAGUUGCUAGAAUAUCAAAAUUGUUUGCAGCAUUGUUUAUCACACUUGAACGUCCUAGGUACGACUAGUACCUAUAUAUUUGUUGAUCCAGCAAAAUUACUUUUAAAUCUGGAAUCUAUUAAAUUUUUAGAUACUUUAGUAAAAAUCGCUCUUCCCUUAUGUACGAAGAACCAUUUCGCGAUGGCUCUCGGCAAACUCGAUGGGAGCGCAUACUUCCACGUCGGAGUGUGCGGCGCGAGAUAUCGGAUGUGCCCCAGCGACUCGCAAACGAAGUUUGCGUCGAAGACUCGGGAGUUUGCGAAUCACCGUUGAAAUUCCAUUCGGCAGUUUGGCUGUCGACAAUAAGGUACCCCAGUCGCUUGCGCGACACGAUUCAUCGUCUACCGGCGCUGCCGCGGGACCGUGCAUCCCCAUCUCUACUCCACACGCGUCCCUGCGCCGCGCCGUUCCGGAGAGGAUCGUGAACCCUCCCGCUCUACGAGGGGGAAUCAUGGGCGGGCACCGUGGGCGGAGCUUCUCCGACUGGCGCUUACCCCGGACGUACGUCCUGGUCGGAGUUCCCGAUCCUCUCCGUGACUCUGCCACCUAUUAUCAACACCUAUCUGUCUCUCGCAACCCCCCUCGCAACACCCGACACAUAUGUAGCGCGAGCCCGUGAGUUGUUGCAUCGGUGUGUACGACAGCUCCGAUGGUUCCUCUCUUCGUGCAAGAUACCGCGAAAUAUUCCACGCCGUUUUCUUCCCAUGUCUAUCAAGCGGCAAGGUGUCAACUCAUUCGCAAUUACGAUGUCGAUCCAGGAUUUUGAUUGUAGGGCGGAAAUGGAUCUCGGCAAUGUUUCUUAUCUGUAUAGUGUGUGCACUCUCUCAUGGUAGAUCAGGCCCGGGGCUGUCAUUGACACAUGAAUGUUGGGCCACGUGUGCGACUGUGUGAGUGCCGACCAUCCCCACGCACUGCACGCUUCCAUCGCCCAUCCCAGCGCCCAUCCGAGCGCCGUGGUAGGGGCAAAACCGAGUAUGUCAGUCUUCUCUUAGCACCGAUCGGGGCAGGGCGCUGUUUCGAUUCUUUGCCGGAGUCGCGGCUCUCGCUUCUGCGCGAACGAAUGACGGAUGAUCGGGCCGAGCGAGCCGAGCCGCGGCAUAAAUCUGUGGGAUAGAUAUUAUAGAUUGGUGGAAAAAACUUGGUUCGCGGACUCGACAAUACAUGCGGAAAAGGGGGUGAGGAGAGGGCGUAAGAGCGCGCGAGUAAUACGAGGUUACUCCGAAAUGAAGAAGCGGAGAAGUGCGUAAUCGCGCCUCUGGAUUGAUCGCGUAAUUAUGAAGACUGAAAUGGAGGCGGAGCCCAAAUGCGCGGACGGCGUCUUGUGUCCGAAGGUUAAUAACAAUAAAAACAACAACAACAACAAUAACAACAACAAUAAUAAUAAUAACACCAGUAACAACAAUAACAACGUUGCCGUCGCGAAGAAAAGCGCCGGUGAUAGCGGAUACGGAGAUGCUAUGGAGAUGGACUGCGGCGGCUGUGGGGAGAGUGUACGCGAGCGCACCGUCUUGUGCGUAGGGGGUCGUACCUACCACUCCAGAUGCCUAAAGUGUUGCGCCUGUGCAAGGCCCCUGCACGACCAACACUCGUGCUUCCUGCGCGGCAGGCUGCUCUACUGCAGACACGAUUACGCCCUAACGUUCGGCGCGAAGUGCGCGAAAUGCGGGCGCAGCGUGGGCGCUGGGGACUGGGUGAGGAGGGCUAAGGACAGGGUGUACCACUUGGCCUGCUUCGCCUGCGACGCCUGCUCUCGUCAGCUGUCUACGGGCGAGCAAUUCGCGCUGCUAGACACCCGGCUACUCUGCAAGGCCCACUAUCUGGACGUAGUCGAGGGUAACAAUACCUCCUCGUCGGAGGAUUGCGAUUCCGAGCACGGCGGCAAGGGCAGCAAGACGAAGCGCGUGAGGACGACCUUCACCGAGGAGCAACUCGCGGUCUUGCAGGCCAACUUCCAGAUGGACAGCAAUCCCGACGGGCAGGACCUCGAGAGGAUAGCCCAGGUGACCGGUCUCAGUAAAAGGGUCACGCAGGUUUGGUUUCAGAACUCGCGGGCGAGGCAGAAGAAGCACAGCGGCAAAAUCAAGACUCAGAUGCAUCACUCGCCGCCGAUGCACCAUCACCCGGUCGACCUGUAUCCCAGUGGGAUCAACGUGGUCGGCGCUUAUCUCGGUGGUUAUCAGGUCAGCAAUGCCGGUAGUGAGAGCCCGGGUAGCCCGUUGACGCCCCUCACACCUCUGACUCCGCUCACGCCGACAACGCCGAACCACUUGCAGGCCCAAUUCUGUCAUCCAGCAGGAUAAUCCGAUGUAAAUGUUUCCGCGAGGCCGUUGAUAUUAAUCUCCUUGCACUUUCUCAUGCGCUUUUAGUUUUUGCUAUAAGAUCAUAUAAAAUAUUCGGAAAUAUAUAAAAUCGAGACAAGAUAUUGCAAGAUCUAAAAGUUACGCCCGUUUUCUUCAAGUUCUUUUUUAUACGCGUGAAAAAAGUAUAUCACGAGCCGACUGAUGCACUAGUUACAAAUUAUUACGCGAGUAAAUAAUUAACAAUUAUAGGUAGGAAAGAGUUCUCAAGUCGAAUUAAUUUGUACAUAUAUCCCGUGGAGAUGUAAAAUAAGCGCGCGUUUAUCGUUAAUACAAUACGUAACGUAUGGAAGGUACAAGUUUUUCGUAUUUAAAGUUUAGAUUUAAGCUUAUUUAUUCCGAACUUGUAACAAUUUAUUACGUCUACUCGCGAUGGUGAAUAAAAUCUCUUAGACGACGCGAAAAGGAGAAAGAAAACCGCAAGAUUGCUGAAUCCGUCUUUCGAAACACUUCGACGUAGAUAUUCUUUAAUAUUCAUAGUAAGAAAUUGUAUAUAGUGCGAAUCGUAGCUUUUGUACAUAUAUCUUCUUAGAUAAAUAUAAGUUAAUAUAGAAGUAUUCUGUGAAGAGUGAGAUAGAAGCGUGGAGACGAGAACUUGAUAUUCACUUGUCGCUGCAAUAUUAUAAACCGUACUGUUAUUAAUAAAACGCCUUUUAUUGUUAA